AAGUCCUUGGGAGUUUCAUUUAAUUAGACUUGAGGACAGCCUUGAUUGGUCUCUCUUGGACUUCAUGUCUCCACCUCAGUUUCCUCUCUCACAACAGUGAAGAAGCACCACUGGGUCCACUCACCAGCUUACAGAUGAUUCAGGUGAUAGCCACCCCAUCAAAUGCCCUUGCAGAUGAGCCCGUGUCCAUCCGAGCGACAGGCCUACCUCCAUCGCAGAUAGUGACCAUCAAGGCAACACUGAAGGAUGAGAAGGAGAAUCUCUUUCAAUCCAAAGCCUUUUACAAGGCCAACAAGGCUGGCGAGGUGGACCUGGAGCGGGCAUCAGCCUUGGGGGGUGACUAUGUAGGGGUCCAUCCAAUGGGCCUUUUUUGGUCUCUGAAGCCCAAGAAGGUUUUCCAGAGGCUGUUGAAGAAAGAUGUGAUGAAUACCCCCUUUCUUAUCACUCUGGACCUGUAUGACUAUGUUUGUUUGCAAGACUCAGCCACAAUUAAACCCAAGGCCAGCCAGAUAGUGCAGCGCUGGUUUGCUGGCCCUGGGGUUCAGCGGAAACAGAUCCGAGAAGGUCGGGUUCGUGGAGCCCUUUUUCUCCCUCCAGGAGAAGGUCCUUUCCCAGGAAUUCUUGACUUAUUCGGGAUGGUUGGAGGUCUAGUUGAAUUUCGCGCCAGUCUUUUGGCUUCCCAUGGCUUCGCAGUACUGGCAUUAGCAUAUUUUGCCUAUGAAGACCUGCCUGACAAACUGCUGGAGACUGACUUGGAAUAUUUUGAGGAAGCUGCCGACUUCCUACUAGCUCACCCCAAGAUCCAACAACCAGGAAUUGGUGUGAUCUCCACGAGCAAAGGUGCAGAGAUCGGGCUGGCCAUGGCCUGCUAUCUGAAGCAGGUGGUUGCCACUGUCUGCAUCAAUGGGUCCAGUGCCAUCUUAGACUUUCCUCUAAGAUAUCGGGAUCUGGUUGUGACAGCCAUCCCACGGGCUCGGGAGCGUAUCCAAGUCCAUGCCUCAGGGGCUGUGCGUUUCCGUUCCUUUAUAGAUGAUCCCUGGAAUAAGCUGAACCUACACAGUAUACUUCCUGUGGAAAAAGCCCAAGGAUGGAUCCUCUUCAUUGUAGGAGAGAAUGAUGAAUCCCUGGAUAGCAAGGCAUGUGCACAGAGGGCCAUGGACCAGCUCCACAGCCAUGGGAGAAGCAGUGGAAGAAUGCUGGCAUAUCCCGGGGCAGGCCACCUCAUAGAGCCUCCCUAUUCUCCCUGUUGCUUUGCAUCCUGGACCUUUGGCAUGCCUAACCCCUUGCUUUGGGGAGGAGAUCCCAUUGCUCACGCAGCAGCCCAGGAACACUCAUGGAGAGAGAUACAGAAGUUCUUCAGGCAACACCUCACUCAGUCCAGAAGCAAACUCUAAGAAAAGGGUGUGACCAUGCCCAGGGAGCAGGCAGGAAGUGGGUUAGAGAAGAGGGUGGUUGAUGUGAGGAUUAUAACAUGUUAGGAAUUGGAGGGUAAGGGUAGGAUUGGAGGACAGUAUUUUCCUGUCACCCAUAUAUUCACAUUUAUUCUAAUUCAGUUGGAAGAAAAUGAGACAAAAGAUCAGACCACACAUGCAUCUUAGGUUUUCUGACAAAUUUGUAUGUAGUUGG